AUGGCGGUAUCAGACGAUAGCCGAGACAACUCUCCUCUGACCUACGAGCCAGUUGUUCCUACAGAUCUCACCCGUGCCUCUUACCACAGUGCAAUGGGUCCUCCACCACAACACACCGUGCGAGAGACUCGCAGCGGCUCUGAUACGAGCAAUGCCUCGCUCAAGAGCCCGCGCACUGCUCGAUUCGCCGAGGCCACAUCAAUUCACUCUCCCAUCGAUCGCACAGAAGCUGGACAAUCACCUUUCGCCGACCCUCCCAAGUCUCAGGCGAAGGGAGAUGUUGGAGAUGUGGGAUUCGGUUAUGUGGCAGCGAACAAUGAGCAUGCGAAUGACCAGGUGCCAAUGUCGCCUUUCCGACCUGACCUGAAGGUGCCGCAGACGGCCAAGUCGUUGAAUCCGCUCAGUCCAACUUUCCGCGAGGAGUACAUGCUUGAGAAGCAAGAAAAGAAGGCUGAAGUCGAGAAUGCUCGAGACCUGAGAAUCAAACUCCGCGUCAGAAUCGCCAAGAUCUUCCUGCGUUGCGUCAAUUUCGGUUGCAGUCUGAUUGUGCUGUCUCUGCUAGCCGUGACAUUGACUGUCUUCAACGCAACCAAGCACCUGCCGACUCGUAACAGUCUUCCUGCCUGGGCAGAGGGAACCAACCCAUGGGCUCAGUAUCUCCUUCUGGGAAUGUCCUGCGUUUCCUUAGUCGCUUGUCUCAUCGUGUUCUGGGCCUACCGAAAGGGCGGCCACGGACGCGCCGAAAAGGCCGCCGUCUACUACACCAGCUUCUCGAUCGCCUUUUUCGCCGUGAAUCUGAUCAUGUGGGUCGUCGGCGCGGCAGUUUACCAGCACUCGAAAUCCACAGGGAACACCAAGGACAUGUGGGGAUGGUCCUGCGCGCAGAACACCCGCGAGGAGAUCUACCACAACAGCGUCGACUAUGCUCUCCUUUGUCGUCUACAAGACUGGGGCCUCGUCUGUGCCAUCAUCGAAAUCGUCAUCGAAAUCCUAGUUAUCCUGAUCUACGUGGUAGUCUUCUACCGCGUCUGGAGCAAGCGCAAGCUGAUGAAGUCCAUGGACACCCGUGACAACGCCCGUUCAGAUCUAUAUCUCGCACAACUGCGCCUGAAAUCUGCCCCGAACACCCCCGGCUUCACAGGUUUCACUUCCUACCCUCCAAAGACCCCAAUCUACGCCGUCGGCCCUGUGGACCCCUACUCGGCUGCUGAGAAGGGCAUGGCUCAACCCCAAACUACUCAGUAUGCCUCGCCGCGCUCACCUACCCGGCCUACCCCGUCGUUCCAACUCCAGCCGCCUCCUAUCAAGGUCCAGCAGCCAACCCCCCAGACUGCCCAGGAGGAGUUUGCUCCUCCUUCUCAUUAUUCGCCGUCGCCACCUCCUCACAGCCAGCGCCAGAGUCCGCCUAUGAACAGGGGUACUCCUCCCAGUGAGUGCACUUACGAUUCCGUGCCGAUUCCCGGCGCCUAUCAGGCUUCCACCGUCCCGGCGUACCCGGCCCCUGCACGCAAAUAA